AUGUCCUCUGCAGCAGCUCGGCAACGUCUUCAGGCCCUCAGUAAGCAGUUGGUCGAGGGUAUUCCCGACGAGGGCAGCUUUGAGGGAAUCCCCAAGAUUCGCCAUGUUGCUUCAGACUCUGCUGGACCUCGGACAAAGGACAAGGUUGUAAUUGUGACCGGAGCAAACUCACCUAACGGUAUUGGCCGCGCAAGUGCCCACCAAUUCGCAAACAACGGCGCCAAAGCCGUCUACAUCUGCGAUUAUAAUGACUCUCAUCUCGCCACGCAUAAGCGGGAGAUGGAAUCUCUCUACCCGGGCGUAGAUGUCCACGUGCGGCAAUUCGACGCCGGCGAGGAAAAGGCCGUUGUAGCGGUCAUCGACGAUGCGAUUGCCAAGUAUGGCCGUCUAGAUAUUUUCUUUGCCAAUGCUGGAAUCGUAGGUCAACCCAAGAUCUUUACUGAGAUUGAUGGCGAUGGCUUUAUGAACACGAUGCGGACGAAUGCUCUCGGUGUCUUCCUAGCUGCAAAGCACGCUGCCCCAGCUAUGAAAGUAACCUCCGAGGCCAAGCCAUAUCCUAGCGGUUCCAUCAUCUGCACUGCCUCGGUUGCAGGUCUCCGCUCCAACGCUGGCUCAACCGACUACUCUGCCUCCAAGGCAGCAGUCGUCUCUAUUGCCCAAACGGUCUCUUACCAGCUGGCCGGCUCGGGUAUCCGUAUCAACGCCAUCUGCCCCGGUCUCAUCGAGACUGGCAUGACGCAGGCGGUCUUUGACCAUGCCCGGAAGCGUGGCACCGAGCGCAAGAUUGGCCAGUUGAACCCGUUGCAGCGUGGUGCUGUUGCAGACGAGGUCGCCCGUGUGGCAUUGUUUUUGGGAAGUGAUGAGAGCAGCUAUGUUAAUGGCCAGGCGUGGGCUGUUUGCGGUGGUUUGAGUGCUGGACACCCCGUUGUCCCUGGAAAGCUUGCAUAA